AUUUACGGUAUACUAUGAAGGUCCAGAAAUGAGUGAAAAUUUUGCGUUUUAUUCCUAAUGGUAUACCCGCAUAUUUGUUGAAUCUCAACCUGACCAGCAGAAACUAGAAUUUUGAUGAAAAGAUUUAUUUGUGUGUAUCUUUACAAUAUUGAACACUACAAUAUUGAACACAUAUAUACGGGAAUCCCGAGAUUAAAGUCUUUCGAUUUUUUUCAAACUUUGAUUAUAUUAUUGCUGAUAGUAACCAUAUUCCUGCAAAUUUCAGCUUAAUACUACUUUUUAUAAAGAUUUUAUAGCAGUUUUUACCCACGUCAGUACACUACAUAGUUGUUGCGUUCAGAACUAAUAGUUUCAUGCUGCGCAUGGACAACAAUCUUCAGCUAAAUAAAUAACGUUCAACAAAUUACAAUGUGUUCUCAAUGCAAUGACGUCAGUCCUUUGUAUUUGUAUUUUUAUGAAUAUUUUUUUUCUUAAAAGUGCGCACUUUUAAGAAAAGAGAAGAUAUUAAAAUGGUAUACUCUAUCAUCGUUUUUUAUAAUAGUCUAUAUUUUAUUUUCAUUUUUUGUUUGUUAAACAUUGUACAGUAUAACAAUAUGACCCGUUAAGUGGGACACUCAUGGGACCGAUUAAAUUUGUUUGUAUCCAGGGUCCCACUUAACUUAUACGGUAUCUUCGUAUAUACGAGAUCGUGUUUUUGUUAUUUUUGUUGAUUUUUUUCUUUACCUUUCGAAACAUUUGUAUGAUAACUUUGCUUCAAUAGUUCUGAACUGACUGUUUCAUUUAAUUUUCCCACCUUCUCAUGUCAAAAAACAUUUUCCCCUUUAUUUCGACUUUCGUCCAAAAAUAUUUCUUAAAAAACCCCGGUGUGUGAGAAAGAAAAGUGACGAGUUUCCUGACAGCCUUCUUGUAUAUACAAUGCUCCAACGUUCUCCUACGGCUUUCCUGAAAAGUAUUUCCAACUUCCAAAAAGGUCUAUCAUUGCUCUUCAUUUUCAUUUUGUUAGCAGUUUCGCCUUAAAAGGGUAUGGAAAGAAUUUGAUUUCUUAUUAAAAUCUACGAGAAAUAGUUUUGAUUCAUACAACAUUUUAUUUCAUUAAAGGUAUGUCUUUAGCGACACCUGUAUCAAGAAUAAACAAUAUCAUCAAUUAUAUUAGACGAAACAUAUCGAAUAAUCCAGACAUUCAUCAAGUACACCUACUGCGCUCCACAUUAGUGAAUGGAAAAAGAAAUCUUGAAAGAUUAACUAGUGCCCUGAGUCAAACAGAAUAUGACGACCUUCGCGCGAAGAUUUCAGAAUUAAUGGGCGCUCUGGAUAGGCGUACAAAUCUGCUCCAAUCAAGCGUUACGACUGCACCUGUCAGAAUGCAGGGAAGGACUAGUGGACAGCGUGGACGGCCGAGAUAUGCUAUUUAUAGCAGCAAGUUAGAAAAUCUUUUGUCUAUGGGGUUCACUGUUGAAAAAAUCGCUAGAGAAGGUUUACUUGGUGGUACUAUGCAUCCAAAUACUAUCCACAAUUUCAUCAAAAAAUCUCAAAUCCAGUCACCAAGACAGAGGUUCGCCAACCUUAACGAUAGGGAAUUAACUGAAAAGAUACAAUCCAUACAUAAGGAUUUCCCAAACUCUGGCGCUUUAGAAAUUCAAGCUCAUCUUCGAAAUCAAAACAUAAUUGUACAGAGAGACAGAGUUAGAACCACACUAUCUGCAGUUGAUCCUAUUGGAACAGCGACAAGGUGGAGUCAGACAAUUGAACGGAGAAGCUACUACGUUCCUACUCCAAACUUUCUGUGGCAUACCGACAGUCAUCAUAAAUUGAUACGAUGGAAUUUUGUUAUCCAUGGAAUUAUCGAUGGCUACUCAAGAUUUGUACCAAUGCUUAGAAUAUCAACAGAUAACUUGGCGAAAACGGCUUUUGAUUUUUUCCUGGAAAGUAUAAGAUCUUGUGGAAUUCCUGGGAGAAUGCGCGCUGAUGGGGGAAGCGAAUUUAACCACGUAGAAUCUUUCAUGAAAUUAGCGAAUGGACAGAAUAGAGGGAGUUUUAUGAGGGGGAAGUCGGUUCAUAAUCAAAGAAUCGAAAGAUUGUGGAAAGACGUCCACGAAAAGGUUGUUGCUAAGUAUAAAGAUACGUUUCUCCAUAUGGAAAAUCAUGACAUCUUAGACGUAGAGGAUCCCAUACACAUGUUUUGUUUACAUCACACAUUUGCAAAACGCAUUGAUCGAGACUUGCAGAAAUGGAAGGAUGCGCAUAACAACCAUAAAAUGCGAACGGAACAUCACCAGACACCUCUUCAGCUUUGGAUCAGUGGAGGAAUUUUUUCACAGCAAUUUCAAUCGACAGCGAUGGAUAACCUUCACCGCAGAAGUUUACGUGAAAUAGAGGAUUUAAUUACAAGGUUUUUACGGAGUAAUCGUCUGAUAGAACCUAGCGGUAUUACAGCUGUUUUACAAAGAUUCCCCGCACCAUUGACAGCGGUGAAACUACAACUAUUAGAGCAAAGUAUUAACACCCAAGCCGAUUCCGAUCAAUAUGGAAUUGACAUAUAUAUAAAAGUAGUGGAAUUUGUACGUAAUAAUCGCUGAGACUGAGCACAUAUAUCUUAAAGCUUUAUCCUUUAUUUUUUGUAAUUAUCAUUGAAUGUCUUGUACAAGGUUUGGAAGAUCAUUCGUUUAGUAAGUGUGGAGCCUAUUUAAUUUAUAUCGAGCAUUUCUUCAAUCGAAUCAUAUAUCUAGAAAAUUAUUUGACGCGACAAUGGAUCGUUAGCAUUUAUCCAAUUUAAAGAUGUGUGUUUGACGGAAAAUAGGUUACUUUGCUACAAAAGUGAACAUGUAAUAAAUAUUGUUUAUCAUAUAACAAUUAAUAUAACCGUAAAAACUGA